UGUGACAUUUCAAAACAACGCGACCGCAAAUGAUGAAAUGCAAAUCUGUUCACAUUUGUGUCCACGUAAUCGCGCACCAUCAUUUCAUUUCGUUAAUAUAUUGAUUUUGAAUGGACAAAUUAAUCGUGUUCACCUAUGUUUUAGCGUGUGUAGGGACUUCCAAUGCCGUCAACUGCACGGCUCUUCCCGACGGCGUGUACGAGGCCGGAUGUAAGUCUUACGCAUUGUGCACGGACGGUAGGGUGUCGUUCAUCGACUGUCCCGAAAAUACGACCUUCAAUAACAACACCAACCAAUGUGACAACAUUAGCAAUGUGUUGCCACCUUGCGGUCGCGUAAUAGACUGUUCUACGAAACCUUACGGUCGAUAUCCAGAUUAUUUGGACAACUGUAAAUCAUUUUACACGUGCUAUGCUGGCGAAUUCCAAGGUCACAACUUUUGCCCGGGAGGAACAGUCUUCGACCCAUUGGCUAGCGCAUGCAACUGGAAAUUCGCCGUAGCGCCACCAUGCGGAACUUUCACAGCAUAGCAUUGUUAAAGACAAGAGCAAGAAUCAAGCGUUGUUGCUAUCUCUAUAAUACGUUUUACAAUAUAUAUAUGUUUAGGAAUGUGUGUUCUUUUUAAAUGAAGCAUUGCCAAUAUAAACUGACAAAUAGUAAAUAAAAACGUUGAACGAAUCCUAAAA